AUGAGGCGCCGAGGAAUAGAUAUUGCCCCCUCCAAAAUUAAAGCAAUCACAGAAAUGCCACCUCCAAAGACAUUGAAGCAGCUGAGGUCCUUCCAAGGACGUCUUGCCUAUAUCCGAAGAUUCAUCGCCAAUCUUUCGGGCAGGUGCAAGCCAUUCUCAAAGCUGAUGUACUUCGAUGGAGCUUCUUCGAUCCAACCAGCUGUUAGACCUAAAAUUCCUCAAGUUAGAGCUGGUAUUGGACUCAUCUUCAUUUCUCCUGAAGGUGGAAUCCUGAGAUACUCUCUUUCUUUGUUGAAGUCAUGCACUAACAAUGAGGCAGAAUAUGAAGCUCUUAUUGCUGGAUUGGAGCUAGCAGUCAAUAUGGAGAUUCAAAGCUUGCAUAUAUAUGACGAUUCACAACUCAUUAUAAAUCAGGUUGAAGGAAGUUUCAAGACUUAUAAGCAAGGACUUCUUCAGUAUCAUCAGAUAGUUAUUGAAUUAUUUGAGCAAAUCCCUGAUGUUAAGAUGGAGAAAGUUUCCAGGUCUGUUAAUGGAAAAACAUAUAGCUUAGCCAAACUGGAAAAAGAGUUAGCUGAUCCAGAUUAA